CUGUACGUAUUUCUUCGCCGUGCCCCCUUCCUCCGGUUAGGACUUGAGACCAAACACCUUCAGGGUCUACAGGAGUCUCUUGGUCGUGCGACUCGUAUAACCUGGGACCGAGCCCUCCUUCGUGGUCUCCGCGAGGCCCGACGUCUGCUCACUCAGGGCCUCGCUUUCAACGAGAAUUCCGCCUUUCUCUUGCUGGAGCUGCUCAAGUGUGAAGCCUCUGCCGCAGACUUCUUCCGGGAGCGUGUCAUUCUACGACGUCAGCAAGCUAGCGCUGAACCCGCGGUGGAGACAUCGUCCUCCCGGAAAGAUGGGAGUGCUAUUCGGUCACAGCAGACGGACAGGGAUGACGCCAUCGCCUUUCUUUCUGAACUAACUGAGGACAUCGACUUCAUCGUUGAGGGUGGAGCUGUCAAGUUGGUCGCAGAACAGUUUCUCACGCUUCCGGACAUUGACUCGGAGACUCUGUCAUCAGCCCUUCAAGUGAUUAGGUCGAUUGCUAACCUAGUUGGCAAGGACCUGAUUGCAAAAAUAUCUUCCCGGCUGGACGAACUGAAAGAGCAGGAAGAAGCCGAGCAAAACAGAGCUAAACAACAGCAAGAGGAACAGUUGGAAUCCCUUAUCGACGGCUUUUGCCUCCCCCCAUUCUUCGUUAGCGGGCGCAAUGACCCCGAAUUCGUCCCUCACGUGUCAGCUGUUGAUAAGAAGGCCAUGCGAGUGAACGCCACUGUAGUUUUCAUCAUUGACAGUCACUGUUGCCGGUCAUUGUCGAAGAAGGUUCGCCGAGGACUGACGCGGGAGUACCUGAUCAGCCAGCAAGUAAUUAUAUGUGGCAGGGGCUGCCUGGUAGAUACGCCGGCCUAA